AAAAUUUGAUUUUCCCCACUGUACGGUACUCCUCCCCCUAUUCCCUCGUCUUCCUUAGUCUUCCUUAUUCUUUCAGUCUCCUUGCCUUUUCGUUGCCGCCGCCAGCGCAGCCCCAGACCACCGGCCACCGCACGGCGAAUUCCACGACCGGAGAAUUCAAACUAUACGGAGGAUUGGAGAUCGAUUUGAAAAAAUCAGGAUUGCCAUCUUGAACUUCCUUCGUCAUGGAGCUUUUGGCUGCUGAGGCUGAGGUUCCUGAAGACUUGUUGCAGCAUAUGAUUGCUUUGGCUCCUGACAGAUCCAAACGGAUCUCCCCCUGGGAGAAUAAUCCUUGGGAAGAAUGGCUGAUGAAUGAGCCAGUCAAGCGCGUGGUAUUUAGCCGGCGUUUGGUGCACAAAGACCUGACUCCCAGGGGACUUGCAAUAACUGCUCUGUCUGAUCUUACUAUAGGCAGACCAAACUCCAUUGAAGUCCUGCAGACUAAUUUGGAAAGGAUUUGGACUUUCAGGUGUUUUUGGCGGGGCCUUCGGCAGAGGCUGAGCCUUGGUGGCCCAGAUUGGGGGAGAUUCAAAAGGUGCUAUCAAUUAAAACCGGGGGACGUGAUUACUGUAUACAACAUUUCACUCAACAACAUACAAAGAUUUUUCAUACAUCUUCAGAAAGUACCUGUUCCUGUUGAAGAGCAGAUAGCUGCAACAGCAGCUAUUGCAUUUGCCAUAAACCAUUAAAUCGUUGAAGCUGGAAAUGGGGAAGGAGUACAAAGAAUUUUUUAGAAAGCACUUCCAAAGAAAAGCACUUGUAUGAAAGUAAUUUAGGGCAACUAAUUUCCUCCUUGGAGGCCACUAUUGUGAAUGUGAUUAUAUCUGUUGGGUUUUUAAUAUGUUGAUGGUCGUUUUGACUUUAGGCUGAUCUGCAAUAUUUUGAAUUCAACGUUUUUCAUCAAAUAUUUUGGAUCAUUUAUAAUUUUAUUUUAUUUAUUAGUAAAA